ACCAUAUCACCUAAUACGUUUCUGCACUCUACUAGGUUUACUUAUAUACGUUUCCCCCCAAAAAGUUGUCUUACCGCGUACAGUUGAAAGAAAAAAAAAAUAUCUAUUUUUACAGCAAUUUAUAUUAAAACCACGAAAUUCAAUCUAAUAAAAAAUAUAAAACAAGAAUGAUGCGAACAAAAGUAACGCCUUUGUUUGGAUUAAAAAAUUCAAACAGACUAUGCCGUUUCUCUACUCUAAAAGAAAUCCGUUUUGGAAACGAAGCAAGAUCAGCAUUAUUGGCGGGAUGCAAUAAAUUAGCUGAUGCUGUUAGUGUCACUUUAGGACCGAAAGGACGAAAUGUUAUUAUUGAACAACCAUUUGGUGGACCGAAAAUCACAAAAGAUGGUGUUACUGUAGCGAAAUCUAUUGAAUUUCAAGACAAACUUAUGAAUUUAGGAGCAAGUCUUGUUAAACAGGUUGCUUCAUCCACAAAUGAUCGCGCUGGUGAUGGAACGACAACAGCAACUGUACUUGCUCGUGCAAUUUAUAAAAGUGGCUGUGAAGCUGUAGCUGCAGGAAUGAACCCUAUGGAUCUUUUAAAAGGCAUCAAUGUGGCUGUAGCUCAUGUCCGCGAUUUUUUGGAUAAGAAUCGAACAGCUGUAGCGAGUAAAGAAGAAAUACGAAAUGUUGCUACUAUAAGUGCUAAUGGUGAUCAAGUUAUAGGUAAUAUGAUUGCUGACGCAAUGCAAAAAGUGAAACUCGAUGGCACCAUCACUGUAAGUGAAGGAAAAGCUAUGACACAUGAACUUGACUUUGUUGAAGGAUUCAGAAUAGAUAGAGGAUAUAUUUCUCCAUAUUUUGUAAACAAUACAAAAUCUCAAAAAUGUGAACUUCAAAAUCCUUAUGUACUUCUUUAUGAUAAAAAGCUUAGCAAUGUUAAAACAAUACUACCCAUUCUUCAAUUUGUAUUACAAUCCUCGACUCCAUUAUUGGUCAUUGCUGAAGAUGUUGAUUCUGAAGCUUUAGCAACAUUUGUCUUAAAUAGAUUACGUUUAGAUUUGAAUAUAUGUGCGAUUAAAACUCCGGGAUUCGGAGAAUAUCGCAAAGCUCAAUUACAUGACAUUAGUAUUAUGACUGGAGCGCAAGUUAUUUCAGAAGAGCUUGGCACUGUCAUUGAUGAAAAAUCUGAUUUCAACGCUAUUUUAGGUCGUGCAAAAUCCGUUUCCAUAACAAAAGACGAAACAAUCAUUAUGGAAGGCGCUGGAACAAAGGAGUCCGUUCAAGAACGUGUUGAAGAGAUACGAAAUUUAUCUCAAAAUACAAAUUCGGAUUAUGAAAAGGAUAAGCUACAAGAGAGAAUAGCUAAAUUGACAGGUGGUGUCGCCAUUAUUAAAGUAGGAGGCUGUAGUGACGUUGAAGUUGCUGAGGUCAAAGAUCGAUUCAAUGAUGCUUUGUGUGCAACUAAAGCCGCUGUUGAAGAAGGUGUUGUAGCUGGAGGUGGUUCAGCACUACUGUUUGCGUCAAAAACGUUAGACUCGUUACCGGCUGAAAACCAAGAUGUUCGAGCUGGUAUUAAAGUUGUUAAAGACGCUUGUUCUGUACCCUGUCGUCUCAUUGCAUCCAACGCUGGAUAUGAGGGUGCUUUGAUUGUAGCGGAUCUACUUCGAGAUGAGUACAAGUAUGGUUGGGGUUUCGAUGCACGAGUUGGGAAAUAUGUCAACAUGCUCUCACAAGGAAUCAUUGAUCCUACAAAGGUAGUGAAAACAGCGCUCAGUGACGCAGGAUCUGUAGCUUCUUUAUUAACCACAACUGAGGCGGCAAUAUAUCAAGCGGAAAAGCAACCAAUCACUAGUUCUCCUGCAUCUGGCGGAAUGCCACCGGAUAUGCCUUACUAAACCUAGCGUAGUAUUAACCGAGAAUGGAUUAUUUUUUCAAUGAAUGUUGAGCUUUCUGUUUAAAUUUUAAUAUUUUUGAAACUCUUUAAUAUAACCCGAAUAAUAAAAUCUUAUGACAUGGUUUAA